UUCCACACCCCCAUCCUCCACCCACCACUACAAGCUACUACCCCACUUUUCUUUUCUCUCCCUCUCUUUCUCCGUCUUCUCUUAUUCUACAAAAGCAAAUAAACAGGAAACAAAGAAACCUUCCAUUUCAUCUCUCUCUCUCUCUCUCUCUCUCUCUCUAAAACAGUCUGAUGAUCAUCAAUGAUCAAGAACCCACUGUAAGAGAAAUCAAACCCAAAAGCAGAAGAAUCAUGGGAGGUGGAGGUCCAGAUGACGAUGAUGAUAAUAGUAAUGGUGGUCGUGAUAUAGAAGAUAUUAAAUGGCCGCCAUGGCUUCGUCCACUGUUGCAAACAAGUUUCUUUGUUCACUGUAAGCUUCAUAUUGAUGCUCAUAAGAGUGAAUGCAAUAUGUAUUGCUUGGAUUGCAUGAAUGGAGCCCUUUGUUCUCUUUGUCUCUCUUAUCACAAAGAUCACAGAGCCAUUCAGAUAAGGAGAUCAUCGUACCACGACGUGAUUAGAGUGUCUGAGAUUCAGAAAUAUUUGGACAUAACAGGAGUUCAAACCUACAUUAUUAACAGUGCAAGAAUUGUUUUCUUGAAUGAAAGGCCUCAACCUAGGCCAGGCAAAGGCGUUACUAAUACUUGUCAAGUUUGUGAGCGUAGCCUUCUUGAUUCUUUCAGUUUCUGUUCUCUUGGUUGCAAGGUAAUUCCUCCUCCUCCUUUUUUUUUUUUUUUUUAA